AUGAAUUCUGUUAGUAGUGGCUUACUUGGUGGUAUAAUGUAUGCUUUAAGUGCUCAAGCCAUGUGGAAUGACUUGCAUGAAAGGUUUGAUAAAAUAGAUUGCUCAAUAUCCUACAAUUUACAUAAAAAAAUUGCCACCCUAAGUCAAGGAACUGCAUCUGUGUCUACAUAUUUUUCAAAACUUAAAGAUUUGUGGGAAGAAUUUGAAGCCUUGGUUCCUGCUCCUGGCCAAGCUAGAAGUCAGAUUCUGUUGAUGAGUCCUAUGCCAACAGUCAAUCAAGCAUACGCUAUGGUGAUUAGUGAUGAGAGUCAAAAGUCAGUUGCAGCCACUGCUGGUUUACUAGAGACAAAUCCCACUACUGUUACUGGGCAAUAUGAUGUGACAAUGUACACCAAGACUGGAGGAAAUUUUCAGAAGUCUAGGAAGAAUUUCAAUUUGUUUUGUUAUCCUACAGAUUACAUACCAAGAAAGAAGAAUGCCAAUACUCAUGGUGCAUACAAUGUGAUGUCUGAAAUAAGUAAUACAGUAGGUACUACUAACUCACAGAACAUGGGGCAGGUGAACAAUGCUUCUUUGCUGGGUAACUGCACAUUUACUAAAGAACAGUAUGAUCACAUUGUGCAACUCCUAAACAAAAAUAACUUAGCUUCUUCUACAGCACCUCCAUCAGCCAACGCAGCAGGUAUACCAUGUGCUUUACUAGCUUCAGAUAGUUUACAAGAUUGGAUAAUAGACACAGGAGCUAUAAACCAUAUGGUAGCAGGCCUAGAGUUAUUGAACAAAGCCUCCUUAGUUCAAACAAGCCAGCCAAAGAAAGAACUCUUUAGUGGGAGGGAUGCAAUUAGUUUAGCCACAAAGGAAACAGAAGCAAAUGAAGAGAUUAGUUCAAGUGAUACAGAUCUUUGGCAUAGAAGGCUUGGUCAUGUGUCUACUACUGUCCUCAAGAAGUUAGUACCAGUCAAGACACAAGAUAUAUCUGCUAGAAUAGACACAUGUAGUAUAUGCCCUUGUGCACGCUGCACAGCAAAUAAGUUUGAGACAAUAGUGAAAAUAAUUCGAACAGAUAAUGGGACAGAAUUUGUUAACUCAAUCUGUGGAAAUUUGUUCAACAGUCUAGGAGUAGUUCAUCAGAAGACAAGUCCAUAUACUCCUCAGCAAAAUGGAGAAGCUGAAAGAAAACAUAGACGCAUCCUAGAACUAACUAGAGCUAUCAGACUGCCUAGCUCAGUCAUUGAUAAUAAAAGUCCUUAUGAAAUAUUGUAUAGCAGAAAACCAGCAUUACUACAUCUUAAGGUUAUAGGCUGCUUAUGUUAUACUAAGAUAAUUCAACAACAUGACAAACUAAUGCCUAGAUCAAGACCAUCUGUACAUAUGGGAUAUGCUACAGCUCAAAAAGGAUACUUAUUAUAUGAUUUAAUAGAUAGAAUAUUCUUUGAAAGCAAAGAUGUUCAGUUUAGGGAAGGUAUAUUUCCCUUCAAGAACAAGCAAGGCAAUAGCCAGUCUAUAUUCGUUCAUCCCAACAUAGAAAACUUAUUUCACACUACAGAUUCAAUCACAUAUCCUACAAGUACUGGAAGCCACAUACAUAUAACUCAACAAGAAGUUCUUACACCACCAGAGUUCACACAAGAUCUCACACAGCAUACUCAAUCUCUUCAUUCAGAAAUCUUACAGCCAACUACUCAACAGACAUCAACCAUACAAUCACCAAUAAUUCAAGUAUCACAGGUUGUUCCUAUUAGCCUUCCAGAUCAACCAGAUAUCAGAAAGUCAUGUAAAGGAAAGAAACCACCUAUAUAG